CUCCUCCCUGUUUCAUUCUCCCUCACCACUCUGCAGUCUCUAAACCCCUUACGCAAACAACAUAUCCCCUGCCACCUCUCACUCCCCGCGUAACGACGUACACACCCCUCUUUCAUUACACAGAUCUAGUUUCACGACCUCCCUUUCUCGCCCGCAGUCAUGAACAUCCUCCCACUCCUCCCACUCCUUGCUGCUGCCUCUGCCCUCAACGGCCCGCAGCCAACCACCACUGUCAACGCUGAGUGUGCCAGACAAUGCAGCACUGCACCCGAAGACCAGCGCGAGACCUGCUACCGCAUCUGCUCGCAGUUCUCCGAGCAAGGUGUCGCCUUCACGCCCAUCAGCGCCCGCUACCAGCCAUCGCCCGCCCUACCUGCUGCCAUCCGCCCGGUCCAGCAGCAAACCGCACUUGGCGGCCGCCCCAUGGCCACGAUUGACCCCAGGAGCUCGGCAAGAAAGGACAGGGGCGGCGAGGAUAACGAUGAGGACGGCAAAUCAGGCAAGGCAUCAUCGCGUAGUGCUGCUCCACUUGUUAGCGGCGCUGGUGAGCGUGCAGUCGUCGGUGUUGCUGCUGCUGUUGCAGCAGUUGUUGCUGCGGCCUUCUGAAUUCCAUGAUGCCAUCUCAUUUUCAUGUCAUGCCCUUUUUAUCUUGCUCCUUACACCCUUUCAUGUCUUCGCUCUUAUGAUACUGCAUUCCGUUUAUUACCUGAUAAAUACUCCAAUAUACUUUUUGACGCUUUUCUAAGACUUUGUAUUCGAGAGAUAUGUCGCAUACUGUGCUUUUGGUAGAAUCAAAUGACCACUUUUCCACGUCCCGAAUGACCUUGUUCAUACAUAUCCCCUCAUAUCUGGUAGCUGCAAUUCUUGGGCUCUGAAGUGUCCAGGGUGAUACUGGUUUGUAUGGUCAUUCCAAGGACAGCAAAUAUGACACAAACCGCCAAUAUCUUGGCGAUUCUAUCCCCUUUUUCUUUCAGAAUGGAGGUGAAUGGCACCUUCAAAUGUGGCAAAUU